UCUGCUUUUGGCUUUGAGAGUGACAUUUAAUCAUAGCAUGUUCUACUUGAUGCGUAGUAGAUUUACCUCACUAUAGUCUUUCUAAUCAUUUGCUAAUUUCCUUGUCUUGGAGAGUCCAACUACAGUCAAACAAUGAAGGCCAUUGUGAUUAGUGAACCGGGGGAAGCGGACGUUCUUGAAUUACAGGAGGUUGAUGAUCCAAUAAUCAAGGACGAUGAAGUUCUGAUCAAGGUUGUAGCCACUGCCCUGAACCAGGCCGACACGGUUCAGAGGAAAGGCUCUUAUCCCCCUCCAAAAGGCGCCAGUCCCUACCUCGGCCUCGAAUGCUCUGGGAUUAUCGAAGCUGUUGGCGUAAACGUCUCCUGCUGGAAUAUUGGCGAUCAGGUAUGUGCUAUUCUUGCUGGAGGCGGAUAUGCUGAGAAAGUGGCUGCCCCAGCUGGACAACUACUUCCAAUUCCACCCGGUGUUUCAUUGAAGGAUGCUGCUAGUCUUCCGGAGGUGGCUUGCACCGUUUGGUCGACUGUGUUUAUGACGAGUCGAUUAUCGAGAGGAGAAACAUUGUUGGUUCAUGGAGGCUCUAGUGGAAUUGGUACUUUUGCCAUUCAGAUAGCUAAAUACCAAGGAGCAAGAGUAUUCAUUACUGCAGGAAGUGACGAGAAAUUAGCUAUCUGUAAAGAACUUGGAGCAGACGUGUGCAUCAAUUACAAAACUGAAGAUUUUGUUGCAAGAGUGAAAGAAGAAACAGAUGGAAAAGGUGUGGAUGUUAUUCUCGAUAGUAUUGGAGCCCCUUACUUUCAGCGAAAUCUUGAAAGCUUAAACUUUGAUGGUAGGCUUUUUAGUAUUGGAAGCACGGGGGGAGACGUAACACAGCUAGAUUUUCGCAGUUUGUUUGCGAAACGCCUUACUGUGCAGGCGGCUGGCUUGCGAAACCGGUCUCCUGAAAACAAAGCAGUCAUUGUAAGUGAAGUUGAGAAGAUAGUUUGGCCAGCCAUUGCAGCAGGCAAGGUGAAGCCUGUGAUCUUCAAGUAUCUACCACUGUCAAGAGCAGCAGAAGCCCACAAGCUGAUGGAGAGCAGCAAUCAUAUUGGAAAGAUACUGCUGAUUCCAUGAUGGACGUGGAUUGUCAAAAGACGAAGUAACAAAACAAUAUAAUGCAUUGUACUAUGUGUAUGACUUCGGGGUUGCAUUACUGGAGGACGUCAAUCAAUGAGGCGGUCAGAUGAAGGAGAAGGCAAUUUUGAGAUUAAGAAAGACAUUUGUAAUUUAACUCUAAUUAAGGAGAUUUUUUUUCUUUUGAGGACGUAGAUGAUGUGGUCUUCUUCAAUAACAUAUGUGACACAAUCAUGUUGCAUCAUGCACAACCGAACUUGCUAGUAUGGUAUCCUCGGCUAUAAAAUGAACAAUUAGUUAACAUCA